AUGAAAAAAGGAUUUUUACUAAAUAAAAAUAUCUACGAUAUUGAAGAAAAUGUAAUAAAAGAUGAAAAGGAUGUUACAAAUAGAAAAUAUCGAAAAGAUGAUUUUGAAAUAUACAUGCAUAUAGGAAGUGGUAAUUUCAGUGAAGUUUUCAUGGUGAAAUUGAAGAAAGACCCGUCAAUUUUUUAUUCUCUUAAAAUAUUUAAAAAAGAAGAAGUAAAUAGAAUGAACAUAGUCAAUUCUGUCUUGGCAGAGAAACAUACUAUGGAAAAAUUAAACGUUCCAGGUCAUACAAAUGUUAUCAAGUUAAUUGACACAUUUAAAGACGAAGAAAAUGUGUACUUAUUAUAUGAAUAUGCUGAUUAUGAAUUAUGGGAAUUUUUAAAAAUCCGCAGUGUUGGAAUAGACGAAACCAUAACAUUUAAUAUAAUACUUCAAAUGGUUCAUGCACUAGAAUAUAUACAUAACAAAAACGUAAUACACAGAGACAUAAAAUGUGAAAACUUUCUUAUAAAUAAAGAUGGCACAAUAAAAUUGAUUGACUUUGGCACUUCGAAAGAUUUAGACAAAAUGCCUUUGAAAACCACAAGCCGCGAAUCUUCAGAAGAAGAUGAAGAAUUGCAUAAUUUUGUAUUAAAAAAAGUAAAUAGCAAUAAUAUAAAAGAAAGCCUCAAAAAUGAACAUCCAAGGGGAAAUGACAAUAUUUUAAAAGAUACAGAAAUGAAUGAAAAAUUUUCAGGCGAUAAUGAUGAAGACAGCAACAAUAGCAAUGAUGAUAAUGAACAAACUGAUAAAAAAUUAAACGACCAAAACCAAAAAAAAUGUGUUCUUAAAGAGCUCAAAAGCAGUGAAAAGUAUGAAUUUAAUAAUAAAGUAAUACAAAAAGAAAAUUAUGAUAAUUUAAAUGUUCUAAAAAGUAACAAAUAUCCAAUAGACACAAAUAGGCGUAACUAUAGAAUAAAAAAAACAUUUGAUAACUAUGUUGGAACUUCAAAUUUUAUGCCCCCAGAAUCACUAAUUAACAAAUGUAGUGGUAAGGCUAGGGAUUUAUGGAGUCUUGGGUGCACCAUUUAUCAGUUAGUAACAGCUAUCGUUCCAUUCGAUGGUUCUACCGAAUGGUUCAUCUACAAUAAGAUAAAAAAAAAAGAAAUAAAAUACCCACCUUUAAUAUCAUCUGAAUUAGUAGAUUUAAUAGAAAAAUUAAUGACUGUUAUCCCAGAAGAAAGACUGGGAUUUAAAAAAGGGUGCAAAGAAAUUUUACAGCAUCCAUAUUUUCAAAAAUACAGUUAUAGCUCAUUUAAUUUUAAGCUGCCACAAGUAUCGCCAUCGGAAAAAAUUUAUACACUUGUAAUAAAUAAGUAUCGUGAAUAUGUAAUUGAAAAAAGGAAAGUAAGACAGAAUAAUAAUAACUCGUGUGAAGAAACUAAUAAAAAGAUAGAGAAAAUGAAAACAGAAUUGUUAAAUAUAAUUAAAUUCGACACUGAGUUUUACAAAGAAGAAAACGAAUCAACAAAUGUAAAGAAAAAAAUUGCAGAAACUAUAAAUUUUUUCCUUCAAGAAUUCCACAAACAAGAAAAAAGUGAAAUAGAAGAAGCAGACAAAUGGUUAAAACGUUUUAGUAGUGAAUAA